GCAGCCCCCAAGCCCCAACCCUUUUAUAACCCAAAUAAAAUAUCCACCUGCCUUUGGCGCCAAAAUCCUCCGUCUUCCUCUCUAACAGAUCGCUCGCUACCCAGCCUACCCUGUUCUUGGCUUCACCAUCGGCGAUGGCUGACCCCGGCGGCGAUAAUGGCGGUGCUUCCGAACUUCUAGCUAAGUUUCUUGAUCUCCAAGAAAGGAUAGAGGCCGCAAAACUGAAAGUCCAGAAAAUGAUGGAAUAUUUGGGGCGCGAGGGAUUGGAAGAUCACCUGAAAGAGGCAGCUGAUGAUUCGAGGAUGGAAUUGGUAGAAUUCGAACAGAGGUUUCAAGAUUUCGUGGGUCAAAACAUCCCCCAUGGUGUUCCGAAUCUUGAUCCUUCGCUGUUGGAAACAUUUCGUCUAACAAUUCAAGAACUCGCUCUAGAAUUCGAUGUAAUAGAUGUGAGGGUCUCUGAAAAUCUUCUGGAAUUAGAGGAUUUUCAGGCAACCGGAAUGGUAGAAGAACAAUACCGGCCGAAGGGUCUUCAACCAAGUCCUUUAGCCGGUCGACGUACGCCUGGGGCUCUUGCGUUAGAUGCCUUGCUGCAAGCAGGAAUUAAGGUGAUGGAAACUUUUGAUCCGAUUAAAUUUAAUGAAGAAAUGGAAGAUAUUAAUCGUGAGUUCGCCUUAGAUAUUCUGAAAUCAAGGGAACUUCAAGCGCAGGCGAAUAAGCAUGGGAAACAUCCAUCUCCUCAGAAGAAGCGAAAACGGAAACUGGGUCCUGCGGAUUUGGUGAAGUUGAAGAAAAUCAAAUCGUUGCAUCGGGAACUAUCCGGUGCCGAUCGGCGUCUGAGUGAUAUCAUAGUGGAUUUGUAUGGAUUCCCAUCUGAUGAGGCACAGGGGAUGUCGAUGGGAGUUGUUAGGUCGACAUUGAACCGGAAUCCAGAAACUACAGAUCCCAGUUCAUCAACAGGAUCACUGAAAUUGAAUUGGGAUGGUGUGAGGAAAAAGAGGCAAGAGUUGCAAAUGUUGAAGUCUCUAGAAAACGAAUUUCAUGUUAUGACUCCGGCAGCAUUGAGGAACUGGAUUUACUGCCUGGAGACUCAGAUGUAUAACCUUUUUCAUCAUCUUCUGUCCUUAAUGUCAGGCUAUGAACCGGCAAUGGAAAGGCUAGGGCAACUGAGAACUUCGCUCGGAGAACUUAGACAGGAGAAUUAUGGGAUGGUGCCGAUGGUAGUACAGAGGAUCCAUGCAAUGCUGGAAAUGCAGGCGCCCGUCGAAUCAGCAUUGGACAGAGAUCAGCAGGGAGUGUUGUACAGAGAUAUGGGUUUUGAGCAUGUAAUUGAUUCGAUUCAUAGGAUGAUGCUGAAUCUGAGGUUUGUGCUAAUGGUUUCUGGGACUCCUAAUGCAAGGGGAAUACCUCCAUAUGUGCUGGAUAUGUGUGAGCGAGCAUUAAGGGAAGCUGAGGAGGAAUUGGAAAGGAUACAGAAGAUGAUUGUGGAAGGAAGGAGUCAUGUUGAGAAAAUAAGGAAGAGGUAUGAUGGAGCCGGUGGGAGCGGGAGCGGAAGUGGAAGUGGCAGCAGCGGUGGUGGGAGCGGAAGCGGGGGUGGGAGCUCACAAAUGUCAGAGAAGGCCAGGGGAAAGAUGAUAAUGAGGGAGUGGUGAUUUACAUGGUAUGCUUGGAUUCAAUCAUAGUCAAGUUGGUAGAUUUGUAAGGGGAAGAGUUCAAAUUUGGUGGAUUUUUGGAUUUUCUAGGCUUGUAUAGAAGGAAAAGUAGACCAAGUUCAAUUGCGACCAUGACAUUGUACAAUGAUAAAGAUUGUUAUAAAAGUGAAGUUUUAAU